AUGAUCAGUCUCUUUGACCAACUGCCUGAUUUAACAUUACUCGAAAUAUUUUCUUAUCUAUCUUGUGCUGAUGCUUUAUGGUCAUUUUUUAAACUCAAUUCUCGUCUGACAACAUUGUUAACAGAGCAAGGUUUUUAUCGUCAUGUUAAUUUAUCAUCAACUGGUAAAAAACAAUUCGAAACAAUUUUUUCAACACUUCGAUUAAAUGAAAUACAAUCACUUGUCAUUGAUCGUUGCACGUCACCUCUUCAACUAAAAAGAUGGCCUCAUUUAACACAUUUGACAGCAUUACGAUUACAAGGUGUACGCAAUUUUAGGGAGGUUUUCAAAUUGGCAAAAAAACAUUCACAAACAUUGACUCAUCUUACAGUUGAAUCAAGUCGAUACUUUUGUACAAAUGGUAUAACAAAAAGUAUGGCUUAUCCAUCAUGGAACAUGUGUGAAUUUCUCGAAAGAACACUUUGUUGUUUGCCUAAUCUUCAAUCACUUGAUUUAGGAAUGGAAACAUCUUUUGUUUUAUACAAGUGGCCUUUCAAAGCGAUAGAAGCACCCUUAACCUAUCUAAAAAUUUCACUGGCUCGGACGCAUUUUUUGAUUGAUAUAUUUUCAACGAAACCGUUAUCAUAUACUUUAAAGCAACUGCAUAUAAAAAUUAGGGAUCUUUGUGGUGAUUUUGGUUUUUCUUUACGUAAUAAAGGCCUUUUACAUCGAAUGGAAUCUUUACAUACAUUUACUUUUAUUAAAUCAUUUAAAUGCUAUUCAAAUGAGGAAUGGGAAUUUGUUAAUGUAUUGACAAAUUCUGAUAUUAUGCCUGUUUUACGACGAAUAAAUUUUUCUGUUUUUAUCGAUGCCAAUGAUCUGGUUCAGAUGACUCAUUCAAAUCUCUUUGUUGACGAUCGUCAUAUUGAUGUUCAUUAUGUUUUUAUGAUUAGUGAUGAUCGACAACAUUCUGAACUUGAUGAAUAUGUGCCACGUGGUAGUUUAUCACAUCCUCGUCAAAUAGCUAGUGUAACAUUUAUUUCUGAAUGUUGGCCUGUUGAUUCAAUGAUGCAUAAUCGUGAUGAAAUUUAUUUAAACAAACCUAGAAAUCGACAACAUAUAUUCUAUACUUUGCCAUGGGCUUUUAAUGAAUUUUUUCCAUUAUGUGUUCCAGAUGGAUAUAUUAAUGAAUUGGAAGUUUUUACAUCGACUUCUCCAGUUAAUAGAGUUGGUUCAUCACAUGUUCGAAAAUUCAGUAUAUCAAAUAAUUUUCCGUCAUUGGCUACUUCUUUUCCUCACAUAAUGUCUUCGAACAAAGUAGUUGAACUGCACUUAUCACAAUGUGAUAGAGAAUUAUCUGUAAAUUUACCAAUUUUUGAUCAUCUCAUUAUUACAGAUAGUCUUGACUUAUUGAAUAAGUGUUGUUUUUCAAGAAAUAUUCGAUCAAUUCAAAUUACUCUUAAUCAAGAAUAUAUUCAUUUGGCAAGAAAUGAUUGGAAUGAUUUGCCGAUUCUCUCUACUUUACCAUUUUUGAACUCUUUACGCAUACUUUUAUAUGAUAUGAAUGUUCCACCAAAUGAUAUAAGUCGCCAUAUCAUCGUCGAAACAAUAUCAAAUAUGUCUGACUUUUGCUUUUGUUUUCGGCGUAAAAAUUACGGAAGUCGUCGAAAUUUUGAAUCGGCACAUACUAUGCAGGCUAUAUUCAUUACACAAUUGCGGAAUGAUAUUCUUGCUUUACCAUUGAAUGAAAAACCUAGAAUUGUUGUUGAAAAGGGUGGCUAUGGGCUUAUUGCAUGGUUUUGA